GCCCGGGGAAAGGCGCGCGGCGGGCGGAGCAGCCCUUGCUGCCCGCUGGAGCCGGCGGCCCGGCGGGGCGCGGCCAGUGCAUGAGGCCAGCGGGCGGAGGCGCAGGGGAAGGCGGAGGCGGCGGUGACUCCCUCCCUCCCGCCCGCCCGGGCACUGGCAGCCCCCGCCGCCGCUCUUCGCCGGGGCCCGGGAGGCUGAGGCCGCCGCGCAGCGCCCGGGACAUGCGGCCUCCCCAGCCGCAGCCAUCGCCGAGGAGACGAAGGACAUGAGGCUCCGCAAUGGCACCUUCCUCACGCUGCUGCUCGGUUGCCUCUGCGCGCUCUUCUCGCUGUCCUGGUACGGGGCCUUCGGCGGGCACAAAGGUGAUGUUGUGGAUAUCUAUCAGCGAGAGUUCCUAGCACUAAGAGACCGCUUGCAUGCUGCAGAACAGGAGAGCCUUAAGCGGUCCAAGGAGCUGAACCUAGUCCUAGAUGAAAUAAAGCGAGCCAUCUCCGAGAAGCAGGCCCUGCGGGACAUAAACCGGACGUGGAGCAGCUUAUCUGAUGAAACAAAAUUAAAACUCUGGAAUAUCACUAAUAAGAAUGUGCUGCAUCUCCCUACCAUCUUUCAUCAUUUGCCACAUUUGCUGUCAAAGGAGAACAGCCUGCAGCCUGCUGUGCAUGUGGGACAGGGGCGCACUGGAGUAUCCGUAGUGAUGGGAAUCCCCAGUGUCAAACGGGAGGUCCAUUCCUACCUUACAGAUACCCUAAACUCCCUGAUCUCAGAGCUCAACCAGCAGGAGAAAGAAGAUUCUGUCAUCGUUGUUAUGAUUGCUGAGACAGAUCCGCAGUACACAACAGGAGUGGCAGAAAAUAUCAAAAACCUGUUCCCCAACGAAAUACAUUCUGGUCUUCUAGAAGUCAUUUCCCCUUCUCCACAUUUUUAUCCAGACUUCUCACGUCUCCGAGAAUCUUUCGGUGACCCCAAGGAGAGAGUCAGGUGGAGGACAAAACAGAACCUAGAUUACUGCUUUUUAAUGAUGUAUGCACAAUCCAAAGGCAUUUACUAUGUGCAGCUGGAAGAUGAUAUUGUAGCCAAACCAAACUAUCUCAGCACAAUGAAGAACUUUGCUCUGCAGCAACCUUCUGAAGAAUGGAUGAUCCUGGAGUUCUCUCAGCUUGGAUUUAUCGGAAAGAUGUUUAAGUCGCUGGAUCUCAGUCUGAUUGUGGAAUUUAUACUCAUGUUCUAUAAGGACAAGCCCAUUGAUUGGCUGCUUGAUCACAUUCUUUGGGUGAAAGUCUGCAAUCCAGAGAAAGAUGCAAAACAUUGUGAUAGACAGAAAGCAAAUCUGAGGAUCCGCUUCAAACCCUCGCUCUUCCAACAUGUGGGAACCCACUCCUCCCUGGCUGGCAAAAUACAGAAGCUAAAAGACAAAGAUUUUGGAAAGCAAGCUCUUCGAAAAGAACACGUCAACCCUCCUGCAGAGGUGAGCACCAGCCUGAAAACCUACCAGCAUUUCACCUUGGAGAAAGCAUAUAUGAGAGAAGAUUUCUUUUGGGCAUUUACCCCGACCAUGGGUGACUUCAUACGUUUUCGCUUCUUCAAGCCACUACGCAUUGAACGGUUUUUCUUCCGCAGUGGCAACAUCGAGCACCCUGAAGACAAACUGUUCAACACAACGGUGGAGGUCUUGCCCUUCGAUAGUCUCCAGUCAGAUAAGGAAGCCCUGCAGGAGGGAAGAGGGACAGCAUUCAAGUAUCACAGGACAUCUGACGGCUACAUACAGAUAGGAUCUUUUUCUAAAGGCAUUGCUGAAGGAGAAGUAGACCCUUCCUUUGGGCCUCUGGAAGCAAUACGACUGACCAUCCAGACGGACUCUCCUGUAUGGAUCAUCUUGAGUGAAAUAUUCCUGAAGAAAGCUGACUGAAGUCUUAAGAGACAGGAGAUGAGCACUAAGUGGUCAUUAGCUCUUCCCGCCUUCUUCCUCUCUUCUAUGAAACUGCAGACACUGCAGAA